AAUCAUUUCUGUUGAUAACCCCGAAGGGUCCUUGCGGUGCAAGUGCAUUUCUCCUGCAAGGAUGGAUCGCAUGCGCUAACCGCCGAUCCUCAACCACGCUAACCCCCGCCUUUGUGUGAUACCGUAUCAAAACGGCCUCCACCGUCGGCUGCGUAUCCCGCUCGUAUCGCAUAAACUAACCCGCAUGCUUGGAUCCGCGAUCACAAUCAGUGAGCACCGAUAAGCUCCACCUGCCGGUGGACUGGGGGAUAAACUAACUGCAACAGCGAGCUGUGCGCGCAUCCAGUAUGCGAACGAGUGCAGAUACAGCUCAUAGCACGGCCAGAGUGGUGUGAUGACUCCAAGAGGGCGAGGGCCAUCAUUGACGAGACAAAUAUAUAUCCCGCACGUCCCACGCAAGCAUCCGCAUCUCGAAACCCAACCUCAUCCUCAGUUUACUGUCAAACAUCAUGCCAGUCUCCAAAUCCGAUCCCAUCGUCAUCAUCGGCGCCGGCGUGUUCGGUCUCUCCACGGCCCUCCAACUGGCCACGGAGGGAUACACGGACAUCUCCGUCUUCGAGCGCGACGACCAGGUUCCUGGGCGCUUCUCCGCCGGAUACGACAUCAACAAGAUCGUGCGCGCCGAAUAUGAAGACCCGUGGUACACGGAACUGACCCUUAAAGCCAUCGCCGGCUGGAAAACCCCGCUAUACGCACCACACUACCACCAAACAGGCUUCCUGCACUGCGUCUCCGGCACCGGCCCGCAGCAAGCAACCCAAACCCUCGAACGCUUCCUCGCCACGAUCAAGAACCACCCGCUCUUCGCCCACAAACUCCUCACGAUCACCAACCCCACCCAGAUCCCACGCGACGUCGCGUGGCAACUGAACGGGCCGCUACCAGGGUGGAAGGGCUACUUCAACCCGCUCGCGGGCUACGCGCACUCGGCCAACGCGCUGCGCGCCGUCUACGAGGCCGCGGCAUCCAUCGGCGUGAAAUUCUUCCUCGGCGCCGAACGCGGCACGAUCACCACCCUCCUGCGCGGCGGGGUGGCCACCUCCCCCGGCAAGGUCACGGGCGUGCGCACGCAGUCCGGCCAAGUCCACAGCUGCCGGCUGGUGAUCGUGGCCGUCGGCGCCGCGGCCGGCACCCUGCUGCCGGAGAUCGGGCCGCAGGUCGUCGCGAAAUCCUGGUCCAUCGGGCACGUGCGCCUCACGGACGACGAGACCAGCGCCCUCCGCGGCAUCCCCGUCACCUACGCCCGCGACCUGGGCUUCCUGUUCGAGCCCGACCCGGCCACCAACCUGCUGAAGAUCUGCCCCAUGGGCGGCGGCUACAUCAAUACCGACCCGGCCACGGGCGUGUCGCUGCCGCCAAAGACCCUCCGCGAGAGCGAUAAUGUGCUUCCGCCCGAGGAUGAGGCCCGCAUGCGCAAGCUGCUGCAGCACGCGCUGCCGGCGUUGGCGGAGCGGCCGUUCGUGCAGAAGAAGCUGUGCUGGUUCGCGGAUACGGCGGACUCGGACUUUAUCGUGGAUUUCGUGCCCGGGUCCGCGGGGAGUGUGGCGCUUUGCUCUGGGGACUCCGGGCAUUUGUUCAAGAUGUUGCCGAUUGUGGGCGAGUGGGUGGCACAGUUGGUGAAGGAGGGGCAGCAAGGCGAGAAGCGGUGGCGGUGGAAGGGAGCUGUGGGCCAGGACGAGAAGGAGAAGGGGAAGAAGUGGGCGGGCGGGGACGUGAGUUGGCGGUUGGGGGCGACGAGGGAGUUUGCGGAGAUCAAGCCGGUUCCCGGGGCGAGGUUGUAAAUACAUAGGUAGUAUUCUUUGGUGUUUGGUUUUCUCUUACUUGUUGAUUGAUUGGAAACGAGAAACGGUCGUUGUUCCAGGACAGGAAAUGACAUGACAUUGAUCACA